ACCGAUGGUCAUUAGCCGGGUCCACACCGGACGAUCCAGGAUCGCGGAGCGUGGAUCGUGGAUCGUGUUAGGCCGAUCCACUCUUGGAAACUUGCGAUCCCAAAUUAUGCGCUCCAAGCGAUCCUAAGGCGAUCCGUGAUUCAGCCAGUCUAACUCUUGUACGAUAUGGAGUCACACGUACAACGGCGGCGUCUUGCCGUUGCAGCAGUAACUUUUAUUUUGCUUAAAUGCUUGCGCAAAAAAUCACAAAAAAGAAAACGACGGUUUUGGGUGAAACAAAUUUACAAAAAUCGCUUGGAAUCUGGGACUCAGCUGUACGCAGAGUUAGUGUCAGAUAAAGUUGAACACAAUUUUGCAAGAAUGAAUGCUAAUCAAUUUGAGAUAUUGUGUUCAUUAUUAAAUAACAAGCUAAGAAAGAAUGAUACAAAUUAUAGAGAUGCCAUUACUGUGAAGGAAAGAUUAUUACUAACAUUGAGAUUUUUAGCAACUGGAGAUUCGUACGUCAGUUUGCAGUAUCUGUUCCGCAUUUCCAAACAGUCUAUAUCGAUAAUUAUUCCUGAAGUUUGUGAAGCCAUCAUUGACCUGUUAAAUGAUUAUGUAAAGGUGCCGUCAACUAAAGAAGAAUGGCGUACAGUUUCUCAGCAAUUCGAGAAUAAGUGGAAUUUCCCACACGUGAUAGGAGCGAUGGACGGCAAACACGUCGCUAUACAAUCGCCUUUUAAUAGUGGCAACGACUUUGAUAAUUACAAAUUAUUUCCUAGUAUUGUUCUUUUUGCAUUACUAGAUGCAAAUUAUAGGUUCCUGUAUGUGAAUGUUGGGACUAAAGGCAGAAUAUCAGAUGGAGGCGUGUUCAAAAGCACAAAUUUAUAUAAAAAACUUGAAAAAAAAGAGCUAAAUAUUCCUCCACCGGAGAUAUUGCAAGUUCCCUAUAAAAUUGAGGUACCCUAUUAUAUACUAGGUGAUAAAGCUUUUCAGCUUAAUGAUUAUACUAUGAAACCAUACGAUGGUACACGGGAAAGGGGUUCUUGUGAAAGAAUUUUCAACUACCGACUGUCAAGAGCACGUAGAGUAGUUGAAAACGCGUUUGGAGUACUUAGUUCUGCCUACAGAGUCCUGCGUAAACCUAUGCUUUUGGAACCAGAAACUGCGACUAAAGUCGUGCUGGCAACGGUUCAUCUAUAUAACUACUUACGCAGUAAUCCUAACUUUAUAUCGCCAGGAACGUUUGAUACAGUACAGGAGAAUGGAGAUGUAAUACCUGGAAGCUGGCGAAAUGAACCGCCAUCACAAUCGCUACAACCGAUGGCCGUCGUACCAAGAAGAGCAACAGAAAAUGCCACUACAAUACGGUCCCACUUAGCAAGACACUUUGUUACAAACCAUACAAUAGUUUGGCAAAAUGAAUAUCAGUAAACUAAUAGCUCACAUGUUCCAAUGUAUCGCGUGUGGUUCCGGGUUCAUUUUUAUCCGCCAUAAAGUCGAAGUCAUCAUACGCAAACCACUUUGAUUUAUAUGUAUCUUGAGCACCUGAAAUAAACAAGUUACUCAUUAAAAUAACCACGUGUAUUUCUAACAGCUUAAAUGUAAAAAGCGAAAUCACGUGAAAUCCACAGUAAAUAUUAUGAUGUAAUUACUUAUAAUAAAAUAUAUAAUUUUAAUACCUACAGAUAAAAA